UAUACAUUCACACCAACAUCAAAAUGAUUAGCCGACACAAAAAAAAAUGGCAAAAAGACUUCAAAGACAAAAGCUUUGUCUCUUCCCAUUCUUCUUCCUCGCCUUCUCCUUCAUUACCAAACCAAACAAGGCAUACCCUCUGUCCACAAGCUCGAGAUGGAUCGUGGACGAGACGAGCCAGCGGGUAAAGCUCUCAUGCGCGAACUGGCCGUCCCACCUCCAGCCGGUGGUGGCGGAAGGGCUGAGCAAGAAACCGGUCGAGGAAAUAGCGGAUAAGAUAGUGGGGAUGGGUUUCAACUGCGUCAGGUUAACUUGGCCUCUUGAUCUGGCCACCAAUUUCACGUUGGCUCACAAUGUGACCGUUAGGCAAUCUUUUCAAAGCCUUGGUUUAUAUGAUGAUUUCGUUGGCUUCCAAACCCACAACCCCUCCAUCAUUGAUCUCCCCCUCAUUGAUGCUUUCAAGACAGUAGUGGAGACAUUGGGGAACGAGGGCGUAAUGGUGGUACUAGAUAACCACGUCACCAAGCCAGGGUGGUGCUGCUCCGACGACGACGGCAACGGCUUUUUCGGAGACCGGUUUUUCGAUCCGACCGUUUGGAUUUCCGGUCUGACCAAUAUGGCCUCUAUCUUCAACGGUGUCUCCAAUGUCGUCGGAAUGAGUUUAAGGAACGAACUCAGGGGAUCUAGACAGAACACUAACGACUGGUUCAAAUAUAUGGAACAAGGAGCUGAAGCGGUUCACUCAGCAAACCCUAACGUUCUUGUGAUUCUCUCUGGCCUACACUACGAUCUCGACCUCUCCUACAUCCGAGCUCAACCCGUUAACCUAUCUUUCGACGGAAAACUCGUUUUCGAGCUCCAUUGGUAUGCUUUCAGCGACGGAGACUCAUGGGCAACGAACAAUCCUAACGAUAUCUGUGGUAAGAUUUCGAACCGUGUGAAUAACGCCGGCGGUUUUCUCCUGGACAAGGGGUACCCGUUGUUCUUGAGCGAGUUCGGGAUAGACGAGAGGGGCGGAAACAUUAACGACAAUCGGUUUUUCGGGUGUUUCUUGGGAUGGGCGGCCGAGAACGACAUCGACUGGGCACUAUGGGUGCUCAGCGGAAGCUACUAUAUAAGAGAAGGAGUGGCCGGAAUGGUCGAGUUUUACGGUGCAUUGGAUGCGGAUUGGAACGAUGCUCGGAAUUCGAGCUUCUUGCAAAGGAUAUCUUUGCUUCAAUCCCCGCUUCAAGGACCGGGUCCUCAAACCGGUGAUUACAACCUGAUUUUCCACCCCUUAACCGGACUCUGCAUGGUACAAUCUCAAAUCAACCCAACAAAACUCGCACUCGGUCCAUGUUACGAAUCCGAACCAUGGAGCUACACUUCUGAGAACAAUCUCAAAAUCCAGGGCCUGCCCUUUUGCUUACAGAACACCGGAACCGGGAAACCGGUUAAACUCGGUAUCAGUUGUUGGAGUCCUGUCUCAAAGUGGCAUACCAUUUCAGCCUCCGAAAUGCAUUUAGCUUCGACUACAAGCGAGCAAAUAUCUCUUUGCCUCGACGUAGACGGUUCCAAUAACGUCGUUAUUGCUAAUGAUUGCAAGUGCAUGGCAGAAGAUAGCCGGUGCCAACCGAUGAGCCAGUGGUUCAAGAUCAUCAAAGCCACGAGAAGAUUGAAAGGACCGAUCACAACUCUACCAGAUUUAUCGUCACCGGAAUGGAGUUCCCUGUAAAGAUCUUUGUCAUAAGAGUACACUGAUAUUAUUGCAUGAUUCUGAACUUGGAAUUUUA